AUGCGAUCUAUCUAUCUAUCUAUCUAUCUAUCUAUCUAUCUAUCUAUCUAUCUAUCUAUCUAUCUAUCUAAAUCUCUUCAUAUAUAUCAAUGUAUUUAUGUCAGUCUCUUUCUGUAUCUAUCUAUCUAUUUAUUUAGUUUAUUCAUAUCUAUUUACCUAUCUAUUUCAGUUUCCUCAUAUCUAUCUAUCUAUCUAUCUACCUAUCUAUUUCAUCUCUUCAUCUAUCUAUCUAUCUAUCUAUCUAUCUAUCUAUCUAUCUAUCCAUCUAUCUAUUUAAGUCACUUCCCAUCUAUCUAUCUAUCUAUCUAUCUAUCUAUCUAUUUCAGUCUAUUCAUAUCUAUCAAUGUAUUUAUCUCAGUCUCUUUAUCUAUCUAUCUAUCUAUCUAUCUAUCUAUCUAUCUAUCUAUCUAUUUCAGUCUCUUCAUCUAUCUAUCUAUCUAUCUAUCUAUCUAUCUAUCUAUCUAUUUCAGUCACUUCCCAUCUAUCUAUCUAUCUAUCUAUCUAUCUAUCUAUCUAUCCUUUUCUGUCAUUCUAUGCAAAUUACUUUCGCUUCUAACAUGUGUUCAUGACAGACGGUCGGACUGUCACCCAGACUCCAUUUGCAACCUUCGUUGGUCAGUAAGUCAGUUGCUAUGGUAUCCCAAGCGCGGGCCGGUUAUUAAUAGUCGUGUGUGUCGUGGGGACACGACCAGGACAGAAAUGCAGUACUUGACUCACGCGCUCAGACACUGGUUCAUCGAUCCGAUCCCAGCACAGCACGAGAAAAUCGACGAUGCCCGGAUGUUGACAAGCGUAGGAGGGUGUGGGAGCUAG